AUGUCUUCAAUCAUCAACAAGCGGCAGCAAGCCCGGAACGAGCGUAUCCUCCAGGACCUGCUCAAGUCGGCACCGGGCAAUGACCGCUGUGCGGAUUGCGGGACACAGAACCCAGCAUGGGCGAGUUGGAGUCUAGGUAUCUUCCUGUGCAUACGAUGCGCGUCACUACACCGGAAACUCGGGACACACAUCUCGAAAGUAAAGUCCAUCUCAAUGGACUCAUGGACCAGCGACCAGAUCGAUAACAUGCGCGCGAACGGAAACGCCAAAUCCAACCUCUACUACAACCCCGACCCCUCCAAGCACCCAGCCCCCAUCAGCAACGAAGACUCCGUCGGUGUCCUCGAGCGCUACAUCCGCAACAAAUACGAGUACCAGCUCUUCCGCGGCGGCCCCUCAGAACAAGCGUCAUCCACCUCCUCUAACUCCUCCAACGCAUCCUCCUCCUUCGGAGCCUCCGUCGGCGGCGGCGGCGGGCUCUCCCUCCCCUCCUCAUCAUCCAGCAACGCCUCUUUCCAGUCGCAGCGCCCCGCGCCCCAACAGAAACAACGCUCCGUCUCCGGCGGCCUCACCUCCCGCCUCGGCGUCUUCCGCUCCACCUCCCCCUCCCAGAAGAAGGUCACACAGGUCCUGGGCGCCACACCAUAUGGCGACUCCGCUCCCCCGCCCGUCCAGUUCCCGCACGGAAUGGUGCAGGCCCCGCCAGCCAUCAAGUACGAGGACCAGCUUAAGACGCUGCAGGAAAUGGGCUUCAAGGACGACAAGCAGAUACUACAGGUGCUCGUGCUCACCGACGGCAACGUCGCCGAGAGUGUCGAGCACCUCACCCGCCUCAACAACGCAAAGACACCGGGCCUCGCCCCCGCGGCAGCCGCCAAGAAGCCCGGGAGUCCGAACCCCUUCGAGGCGCUGGACCGCGAGCUCCCGCCACUACCCCCCGGUGCGACAGAGCCAAGCACGCCCGCGAUACAGCAGCCGCAGCCACAGUCGGCGCCGCCGACGUCGUACGGCGCGGGCGCGGACUCGUGGUUCCAGGCCCCGGUGCCGGUGCCUGCGCCGAUACAGAUGCAGGCGACGGGGUGGCAGCAGGGGCAGUACCAGGUUAGCACGCACUCGACGGGGCCGCAGCAGAGUCCCACGAAUCCGUACUAUAGCCAGAACGGGAACGGGACCAUGUAUGCGGCGCCGCAGGCUGUCGCCGGGUAUAACCCGUUUGUAACGAACUCGGCGCCGCCGACAAUGAAUAACCCGUACCAGCAUCAGGCCCCACAGCAGCAGCAGCAGAUGCUAAUACAGCAGCAGCAGCAAUUCCUCCAACAGCAACAAUUCACCCAGCAGCAAGCCGCACUCCAGCAGCAGCAGCAACAACAGCAGCAGCAAGCCGCACUCCAAGCCCAACAACAGCAACAACUCGCAGCCCAACAACAAGCCGCCCACCAACUCCAACUCCAACAGCAACAAUACCUACAGUCCCAACUCGCCCCGCAAGCGCCCCUCUGGGCCUCCCAGCCACAGCCCCUCUCCCCACAGCCAAACCCAUACCAAUCACAGCUCCUCCAGCAGCGCACAGGCGGCGUCGACAAGUCCGCCAUCCUCGCGCUCUUCAACUAUCCCCACCUCGCGCCGCAGCCAAGCGCGAACCCCGUGCCCCUGCCGCUGGCGGAGAAUAAGCCGCCGCCGACAGCGAUGGAGAGGAGCAUGUCGGCGCCCAGUGCGGGGAGCAAUAAUCCGUUCUUGCCGCAGGCGCAGCAACAGCAGGUGCAGCAGCAGCAGCAGGUGAAUGGCGGGCAGAAGGGGGGGAUGCAGGGCGGGCAUAGGAGUCAGGAGAGUGUGGACUUUGGGGCGUGGCAGAGUGGGAGGCAUAGUCCGGAUGCGUUUGCGAGUUUGAGCUUUGGGCAGUAG